AAGGUUGUGCGUUUGAGCUUUUGGAGGUGUAGAAUAAAUAUGCUAAUGCCUACUCAGGCAUUUUGCUGUGUGAGUUAGAGACACAUGAUUUCAAGGUUUACUAAUCCUUCUUCUUUCUCUAAAUGCCCGGCCCGACUCACUGCGCAGCAGCUAUAAUUGUUUGUUUUUUUCAGUGGGAAAAUGCCAGAGGUGGACUAUGCUGUUCUCAGCGAGUGGUUUGAUUGGAUCACAACUAACAUUUCCAUUCCUGUUGAUCUGAUUGUCUACCUGCAGACAUCUCCUCAGACCUGCCAUGAGAGGUUAAAGCAGAGAUGCAGGGAAGAGGAGAAAGUAAUUCCAUUGGAGUAUCUUGAGUCCAUCCACCAGCUGUAUGAGGACUGGCUCAUCAAGCGUAACUCAUCCCCUCUACCGGCUCCUGUCCUGGUGAGUGUCCAUUCACAUCCUGGCAGCUAUUUGCUUUGGUUUGUGUAGAUAUUGAAUGUACAGAUUAAACUUUUAUCACCAAGCUAUAACCAAAUGUGUUUCUACUUCAUCCCUCUUGUUAUGCAAUAUUAUUGAUAUCCUGGUGUAAUAGUGACCUUAAAAUCAUUUAUUUUGUCUCCGCACCUGCUGGUCUGUAAUUCUUUAUUGUGUGUGUGUGUGUGUGUGUGUGUGUG